AUGUCUUUCAGCACCGAGGAGAACAGCAUCUACCUCCGCCGCGUCCAGUGCGCGGGACUACCCUGGUUCUUGAUCUGCCCUCUCGAGAGCGACAUCGCUCUCGAGAUUCGGGACCAAGUCGCCAGGCAUCUGGUCCUUGCAGGGGACGCGGAGUCUCCGCAAGUCGAUAACGUUUCCGCUGCUGCAACCGCCACCGACACCAACGCCGCCACCGCUACAUCCGUGGCCAACGUCGUCAGGUCUGCGACGCCUGUCUUCGAGUCCGCGGCCAGCGCCAACUCCUGCCCGACCUCAACGGACUAUCUCACCGAGUUCGCCAAGGAGCUCGACAUCCUGGUCGCGGAACCCAACGCGACCUCUGCGGCUCAGAACUAG